CAGUUAGGGCAACAGCGCGCAGAAAGGAAGGCUCUCCUUUCAGCUCUCCCUCGCUGCGUCCUGCUCGCCCCUCCCCUCGAUAAUAAUAAUACAUCCCCCUUUCUGUCUCUGUUUCUCUCUCUCUUCUGCCCCACGCACCCCGUUCAUCUGCAUUAUGGCUCCUAAGAAGAAGGAGGCGCCUGCUGCCGCCAAGCCGGCCAAGAGCGGCGGCGGCAAGCAAAAGAAGAAGAAGUGGAGCAAGGGCAAGCAAAAGGAGAAGGUGAACAACAUGGUGCUGUUCGACCAGGGCACGUACGACAAGCUGCUGUCUGAGGUUCCGAAGUUCAAGCUGGUGACCCCUUCCGUGUUGUCUGACCGUCUGCGGAUUACUGGAUCGUUGGCAAGGAAGGCGAUCAAGGAGUUGAUGGCGAAGGGCACCAUCAGACUUGUUGCGGCUCAUGCCAACCAGCAGAUUUACACUAGAGCUACCAACACUUAGGUCCUCAACAACGAAGGACUUUAGGCAUCUAGUUGAUUUCAAUUUGUGCAUGUGAUAUCUCAUAGCUUGCAAAUGUUACAUGGUCCAGUUUCUCAUUCUCAUUUCAGGCACUGAGUUUCGAUGGUAAUUUAUUCAUGGAUAACGCUGAUGAUCGUGUCCUUUUCCA